AUGACCGCUAUUAAACAUGAAACAAAAAAUCCAAAGAAAAAAGAAAUGCUAAAAUCAAAAGUUCAAGAACUCAUGGAUAGAGCAGAACAAAUCAAAACAUUCUUGAAAGAAAAAGCCGAAAUUGAAAAGGGAGAUAGUGAUUCUUCUGGAGGAUCCAGUGCUGUAGGAUCAAUAGCUAAAGCAAAAUCAAAAAAAGAAAAAAAAGGAAGAGGAUGA